GUUAAACACAUUUAGACAAUUUAUUACUUUUUUCGGAUAGGAAGUAUUCAGAAAGAACUUUGCCUUGGGUAAUUUAGGCCAGAACAACAAUAGCAAGUUCCAGGAAAAAUUUGUUAAGUGCCAAAUCAAGUCAGGUAUACGAAUCAACAUGUAUGAGACCGGGACUUUUGAAGGGAAACAUAGAAGAAUAUAUUACGCGGAGGAUUUGAAGCAGUAAGAAAGGACUUAAAGACGACCCAUAAUGAGCAUUGGAAGAAAAGGUGUCGGUAAGAAAAGUUUGUUGUGAUUAUGUACUCACCUGGUUUCAAGAGAUUCUAAGUUUAUUAGUGGCCAUGCAACCGAAAGAAACUGAUGUCCAGCUGGGAAUGAAGAAAACAUCUCAACGAGCAUCUCGGUAUUGUAUGUGGGUGUGAUCCCUCGUUGGGCCUUGUCCCAAAAUGAUCCUAUGUGUUUUCAGGGUAGUGCAUGAUGUCCCGAUUUUUGGUAGAUGUCCAUGGGACAGAAGACCUUCUUAACUUUACUAGCGUUUUGGAAAAACAAGAAUCCUAAGCUCUAGUUAAGUUGUUAUGUCGCCUUCCCUCACCAGUACACUAAUCGAGAAAACCAGGGAAGCAAAGUGUGUUUAGGGUCCAGUGAUGGACAACAUAAAAAUUUUAGUCGGUUCGAGGCGAUUCCAAAUUCAAACCGGACGAAUGUAGACUAAAGGGACAUUGAACCAGAAUACAGUAACAAUAGGCCUGUAAUUAACAUGGCGGAAGGCAAAUGGCCGACACUAGAUCAGUUCAGAUUUGGUUUAAAAGUUCUCGCCGGCCGACGUCGCCGAAGAACGGACUCCGUUAUUUUAGUAUCAUAUAUUAGAUGGGAAGACGAUUUCUUUUAUUCUUAAAAAUUAAAAUAUUUAGUGCACAUUACAUGUUUAUUAAUAUACAUCACUUAUUUAAAUCAAUUUAUUUACUAUCAAACGUGAAUGCGAGUGUUUUAAUAUUCAUAUGUUGAAUGGGUGUUUCUGUCGAUUAGGAGAAGCUGGACAGCUGUUUUCUGGCGACUCUAAGAAGCAGAGGACAACAGCAGUUUUAACAGCGAAUGUUAGAUUUCUGAUGCUAAUGUUAGCAGCACGACACACCGAGGAAGACAUAAGAAGAAACUGGUCGCGUUUAUAACCGAGCUUUUAUAUUCCAUAAUUUGUAAAUCAAAAUUAGCAUUAAGUCAAAGAUUGAAAGUAUACAAAUGAACUCAACUGGAGAAGUUCAUCAUAUUUCCGAGCUUUUAUUACAAAGUUUGUGAAAGACCCCCAGAGUAGACUUCUGCUCAACUUUGACGAUCGGGUGCGAACCGUCACAACAUUUUGGUGGCCCAUGAGGGGAACAUACACUCAUAACUUCAUCAGCUUCCAAUAUUUGUAAACAUACUUCAAUCUUUGUGCUUACUUGUGUGCAAAUCUACUAUUAAUUUAAACCAGCAAAGUUACGCAACCUUUGCCACGUACAUCCCAUAACGGAGCCUCGAAUAACGGAGGAAUCAAGAUGUCGAGGAAAAUAGCGGAUUCAACCCAUGCCUAUUGCCAUCUCAUGCGACACACUAGUCCCCUUCAAAGCUUGAUCGCAACACGAGCGGAACGACUGAAAAAGCAAGCACUACCGCACGGACGAGACCAGGAUAUAAACCAUAUGGCAUUAACAGAAACCAACUAUGCAGUGGCAUGGAACCUUGUGGUAAAACGAUACAACAACCCUCGACUGCAGUUCAUGUACAAUAUGAAUGCACUGUACGGAAUCGAGCCACUGUCCAAGGAGAUCGCGGUGGACCUUAGGAAUUUGUUAAACCUGGCAAAUGUAUGUAUAAGUGAAUUCCGACGACUACACAUUACCAUUGAUUCCUGUGAUCAUUGGCUGGUAAAUCACUUACUCACAAAGCUGCCUAUCAGCACAACACAGGCCUGGGAACAUUCCCUGGGCAACAACAAUCCCCACCUUCACAUACUGGUGGUGUUUCUGCACAAUCGAUUGGUCAGCAUCGACCUAAUUGAGAGUAGGAAACCAGCCGUUCCAGUUAGAUCAUCUAUACAAUCGACCAACCAUCGCCAGACAACCAGACCAUCGGGAAACUCCACUGUUAGGGGACACAGCUUCCACAUUACUCUUGAGUCUGGAUCCAUCAGGUGCUCGCUCUGCCAACAGAAUCACGUUCUAAGACGGUGCCCGGACUUCCUUGCCAAGGAUUGUUUCGCGCGAAAGGUUAUAGUCGACCGCUCAAAGGCAUGCAUCAAUUGCCUUAGUGCUUCCCAUUCUCUCCCAUUCUCUCAGUCAAUGCAGCAGCAACCGAAACUGCUCGCAAUGUGGUCAACGGCACCACACUUUGUUAUAUUCCCGAAUGCUCAACAAAGUCCUUCAUUGACUCCUGGAGUAUCCCGACAGCAUACUUCAGACUCUGGUCGGAGCGCAGACGCGGUACAAAAUGCACCAUCAACGCAACUCUUCAGCGCAGUUGCCUCCCAUCUGAACUCAACGACCCUUCUUGCUACUGCACUGGUUCGGAUCGUAAAUAACUCCACUGGGCAGUCAGCUUUAGUUCGAGCUCUCAUCGAACAUGGUUCGGAAGGCACCCUCAUCACGGAAAACAUCGUUCAAGCGCUUAGACUCAAACGGCAUCCUGUUCGACCUGAGAUCACGGGAAUUGGUAAUACGUCGCAUAAUCAGUGCAGGCACACCACCAUAAUCUCAUGUUCAGGAUCGGAUUUUAACGCCUACGUAUCCUCAGCUUUCAUCCUUCGGUCACUAACAGAUCCUAAUUUCAUCAAGUCGGGUCGCAUUGACCUACUUAUCGGUGUCGACAUUAUCCCGCAAUUAAUGCUUCCGGACAUACGCAAGGGGACGGUGGCAGAACCAAUUGCACAAAACACAAAGCUGGGCUGGAUAGUUUUUGGACCAGCUGAAGCAGCCCAGACGACUUCAAUCUCCAUCCGUUGUAAUUUGGCAAACCUAAACAACAUGGUACAGAGGUUUUUCGAAUUGGAUCAGGUCUCCACAACAAGACAACUCAACGCAGAGAAAAGAUGGUGUGAAGACCAUUUUCAACAAACUCAUAUCCGUCAGCCGAAUGGGAAAUAUCUGGUUCGUUUGCCUUUAAAAACGUUGUUUGACCCCACACAGGUGUUCGGCCGGUCAAGGCAAACCGUUUUCACGCCCUGGAAAGGAAACUUAAUCAUCGGCCAGAUUUCAGUCAACAGUAUGUCAGCACUAUUCAAGAGUACUUUGAUCUCAAGGAGAUAAAAGAGGU